GAGACCUGGUAGGUGCAGUAGCGCCACCAAUGAGAACUUCCAGGCGUGGCGGCGACCCCAGUGGACCUCCCAGGGGCGCCAGCAUCAACAGGUGCUCUCCCAGGGGCGGCAACAACCCCAGGAGCCCUCCCAGCGAUUUGCGUUUCCCCCAGGGAUCCACCCAGGGACGACAGCGAGGUACAGUAGUGCCCCCAGGAGACCUUCAAGGAGAUACAGUGCCCACAGGGGCCAUCCCAGGGGCGGCGCCGCCGCCAGGGGCCCUUGCAAGAGCAGUGGCGCCCCCAGAGGCCCUCCCAGGGGCAGCGGCGUCCCCAAGGGCCCUCCCGGGGGUGACGGGAAGUCCUGGAAUCCUUCCAAGGGCACCAGGGCCCCUGCAAGGGGCGGUGAGGCCACCAGUGGCCCUCCCAGAGGCAGCUACGUCCCAAGGGGCCAUCCCAGUGACAGCUGGGCCUCCAGGGGCCUUCACUAGACCAGCGGCACUCCCAAAGAUCCUCACAGAUGUGGCCACGCUCACUAGAACCCUCCCAAGGUCUGCCCAGGGGCCCUCCCACGGGCGACGGCAAACGCAGGGGGUCCUUCCAAGGGCACCAAUGGGCCCUCCCAGGGGCGGUGAGGUCCCCAAGGGCCCUCCUAGGGGCGGCCGGGACCCUCCUAUGGUCCCCCUGCGGCGGCAGCACCCCUUCUGGGGGGCGGAUGCCCAAAAAGGACCUCCCAGCUGCACACCCAGGGGCUCUCCAAGGGGCGUUUGCACGCCCAGGGGCGGCGGCACCCCCAGGGUACCUAUCAGGAGCCGCAGUGCCCUACGGGCCCUCCCAGAGGCGGCGGCACCCCAGGGGUCCUCGCAGUGGUGGUGGCGCCCCAUCCCAGGAGCCCUAUAA